AGCUUCGCUUUGCAGCUUCUGCUCUUCCACGAUGCCUGAGCCAGCGAAGUCAGCUCCUGCCCCGAAGAAGGGCUCCAAGAAGGCGGUGACCAAGGCGCAGAAGAAGGACGGCAAGAAGCGCAAGCGCAGCCGCAAGGAGAGCUACUCGGUGUACGUGUACAAGGUGCUUAAGCAGGUGCACCCCGACACCGGCAUCUCGUCCAAGGCCAUGGGCAUCAUGAACUCGUUCGUCAACGACAUCUUUGAGCGUAUUGCAGGCGAGGCCUCGCGCCUGGCGCACUACAACAAGCGCUCGACCAUCACGUCCCGGGAGAUCCAGACGGCGGUGCGCCUGCUGCUCCCCGGGGAGCUGGCCAAGCACGCGGUGUCCGAGGGCACCAAGGCUGUCACCAAGUACACCAGCGCCAAGUAAAUGCCAUGUAAGCGUCUAACCCCAAAGGCUCUUUUAAGAGCCACCUACGUUUUCAAUAUCAGAACUGCAAAUGCGUCUUCUGAUCUUUGUGAGGCUGAGUCUUAAAAGUUAAGUUUUCCAUUACAUGAUAGUUAGGAAUGGUGUUUUUCUCCUGUCUAGUGGUAACUCGGGACUAGGGUUUUGCAGGGGAGCUUCACAAUCAUGUUUUUUUUUUUUUUUUUUCCGUGACUUUACAAAACGGCGGUGGUUACGGCGGUGGUUACGUUACCUGGACUAGGGAUUUUGCUUACCAAUUAAUAAAUUUCUUAACCAA